AUGACUGAUCCAACUCCUGUUCUCUGGCCUUCGGGCCAUCCCACGCCUCCUUUGUCGCCCCGCAAAAGGCGACGUUUUCUUCGUGAAUCUAAAGAAUCAGAGGGUGAGAUGAGUCUGGAACAAUACAUGCACUCCUCUGAGAUCUAUCGAUCGGUUAGCGUCACCAGUCCACUGCCUCUACCGGUGAAAAUGGAAACUGUGCCUGCAAUAGAACAGAAAAUCAGUCCACUUUACCCCGAAAUCAGAGCUAUCAUGCGCCGUCGCAACCUGAAUGUCCUCACAACUUUCCAAUGUGGGAAGAUGAGCAAACCGAAUUAUCCUGGCGGUGAUAUCACUUUGGACUUCUUCUCAAUCUACCUCAGCAACACCGACCCCAACAUUCCUCAUCUCGGCCCGAUCAAAGAUGACAUCGUAAGAUUCUUCCACCAGCACAGGGUCAACGCGCAUGUUCAGAUCAUUAGCAGCAAGCACUGUCAUCACCCCUUUGUAUUCUUCAUCGCCCCAACCCAUCCUCUUGUGAUAGCCUACGAACGAACCAAACUCAACAUUGUCAAGCUUCUCAACAAGGCAAUCGGCAAUAAGUGGCGCUUGCUUUGCCCCUUUCAUGUUGGUUCAAUGAGAGCUAAGGCGCAGCCGGUGAUCGUUGUACUUGUGGAGCCAUGGACACGCACAAAUUGGUUCGAACUGCGAUGUCAGAUUAUGUAUCAACUCGCACCUCACAUGAACACGGAUGACUUUGAUAUUGAAUUUUUGCCGGGUGGCCUGUCACUUUUGACCAAGGCCGUUUCGUUCAAGGACCGACUCACUCCAAAUUCCGUUCCUCGAAUGGGCUACUCGGUCGGCAUUGAAGGAAAUAACAAUGUAGGCACAUUAGGCGGAUUUGUCACAUUGACCCACGAUGGAGUUGUUCGUAGAGGCUUUCUCACGAAUUAUCAUGUUAUCAGGCCUUCGGAAUCUAAAGACAACGCCCGGUUUCUCCAAGACCUCGAUCGUUAUGGGUCAUCUCCCGCUCGACGUCUGAAACGGGUGAUUAGAAUUGAAUGCCUGGCUCGCAUGGACAGGGAUGUUACACUUGCCAGGCUUGACUUCUUCUUGAAUGCCUUGCGCAAGCAGUACUCUGAGUUCAGUGCCAAAGUGCAAGAACGAGAACUGAUUGGAGCAACUCCGCAUUGCCGCCUCCUAGAAUGGAUAGCAAAUUACGACUCUCACAUGGAGAAACUUUUGCCCCAGCAUACAGCAGUCGAGAGAAUGCCACACGUCUUGGGAGAAGUGAAGUUCGUGUCCGGACAGCAACUUCGUGAUAGCCAAGUCCUGGAUUGGGCUUUCGUUCAACUCUCCAAAGACGCCGAGGAACAAUGUUUCGGACCAAACCGCAUGUUUUCAAUCCCUUCUACCUUUCUGCCACAGGAGCUCAUACCUCCUUGCCCUCCUAUGGUUAUCCAGGAGCACAGUGUUCUGAAUGAAUUCGGCUCACUCAGGGCAGGGGAUUAUUGCAUGAAAAAUGGCCGGACCACUGGGGUUACUGCAGGCAUCUGCAACGGACCAAAAGCGUACUGCAAGUGGGAAUCCAGCAGUAGAUACAACCCUAGUGGGGUCCAAGUGGACAUGGACACUGCGGCAACUGAAGAGUUCAUCAUUGUGACUGAGGAAUCGGACCUACACCACCCUAGCCGAGCCUUUUGCGAGAAUGGAGAUUCAGGCUCAUUUAUUCUCAAUACAUAUGGGGCUGUAACUGGCUUGCUCUGGGGAGGAGUGGUAUAUCAAGAUCUUAAUGUUGGACUGGCCUCGAGCAUGUCCGAUAUCCUGAGGUCAAUCGAAGAGAAGGUUGGAGGUCCUGUCUCUGUUGAUCUUGCGCAGUAA